CAGGGAACAAGGACAGUUUGGGGAAAGAGGGAAGGGACUGUGUAACGGAUGGUGCUGAGGUACAAGAUUAAGAAUGAAGCAACAAAAAAAAAAGAAAAGAAAGGCGCGCGCAGAUGACAUCACCGGUCAGGUCACGUGCCCAGGUAUUUCCGGAAAGGCAGGAGCCGGCUGUACACAGCUCAGCUGAUUGGCGGCGGGGGGUACCUGAGCACCACAACAUGGAGCAGAACCUGUGCAAUCCAUCAGCAAUGAACAGCGACAGGAAUCCGGCCACUGAGAGGAUCAUGAGUCUCAUCCUGGAGAUCAUUUGGCUGCUGACGGGGGAGGACUGCGUUGUUGUUAAAAAACAAGAUGGCCAAUCUGUACCCAGUAGCAGCAGCGCCGAUGUAUCAGAAGGAUUUUUAAUGGUUCAGGGGUCAAAGACAGACCCUACCCCCAGGUCUCAGACCCCAGAGAGCAACAGUAGUAGGAAGAGCCUUCAGCCGCUGCCUUGCGAGGUUCCAGAAAGGGAGGAGGACGUUGCUAUUCGUGUCACCAUAGAGGAGAGGGAAUAUGGGGAACGACAUAAGAAGCGGCACAAAGGCAAAGCAAAGCCUCACAAGGACCGGCCCCCACUGAAUGAAUUCUCAGAUGUCUCAGAAAGAUCUCACCUCCCUGCAUAUACCCAGGAGGGUCUAGAGGAGAACAGACUGAUCUCUCCCAAUUACCAGAUGGAGCCACGAGUUGGAAUGUUACCCCAGCAGUAUAAGAAUGAUGAGUCGAUUCGUAAUCAGAUGAGCGCGGAGCCAUUUCCAACACAGACUGCAGCAGACAGAUGUCCAAUCCCACCAUACUCUCGGCACUGUGCUCAUGAAAGUGGUGGGAUCCUAGAGAUUCAUCAGGGCUACAAGGAGGAAGCGGAGGAAACGCCAACAGAAAUGAACUCAGAUGAAGCCAUCAGCAGAAACACAGCAGGAACAGACCACAGCCCUCCUUACUCGCAGGACUUCAUACAUGAAGAAAACACCAGUACACAGGAUUUUCAGAUGGAACAAUUAGAUGUAAUAGUGCUGCAGCAGUGUAAGGAAGAGGAGAUCCCUGCAGAAAUCAGCACAGGUAACCCCACCACCUGGGAAGCCCAGUUAGACGCCUGCCCCAUUUUACCUUCAGAGGCUGAUUUUGGAAACAGGAGCUUUGUAAUGGAUACUUCUAUCAAUGGAGAUGGAAGAAAGGCAGGGACUGUUCCAGAAAGCCACCCUGUGUUACCCACCACAAAGGACCUGACGGGAUACAAUUAUAACUGCAGGGUCUGCGGCAGGAUUUUUGCCAGUGAGUUAGAUUUUAGGUCACACCAGAUCCUACACACCAAUAAGAAGAUGUACAGUUGCUUUGGGUACGAGGCACGAGAGGGUUUGGCUGCACAGCAAAUAGCCCAGAAUGAUAAAAGAACAGAAUCCUUACUUUAUAACUCAGCUGAUACCGAGCAGCAGCAACAAAUGCACGCAAAGAAGAAAAGCUACAUGUGCCUGAUCUGCGGCAAAUGCUUGAGCCAAAAGUCUGACCUGAUCAUACACCAGCGGAUUCACACGGAGGAGAAGGCGUUCGCCUGCACGCACUGCGGCAAGUGUUUCCGACACAAAUCCACUCUUGUUAUUCAUCAGAGGAUUCACACGGGGGAGAAACCCUUUGUGUGUUGUGACUGUGGCAAAUCUUUUAAGCAGAGCGGCCACCAUUUGGCGCAUCGCAGGAUCCACACCGGAGAGCGGCCAUUUGCAUGUACUGAAUGCGGAAAGAGUUUUAAGCGCAAAUCGACUCUACAUUCCCACCAGAGAACGCACAGAAGGAAAUAAGUGAUAGAAUGCAUUUUGGGAGUGUUGUCUCUGUGUGCCCACUACAGUGAAGGAUUUGUUUUCUGUAUACUCUUACCCACAAUGGAAAAUUCAACUGACAUUCUGGAUUUUAUCAUUUUAUUCAUAAAUAUAGAAGCUCUUGUGAUGACCCCUCAAGAAUUGUGUUCAGCUGAUCAUUUAGAAUAUUAUUCCAAACUGACGUGCUUGAUUGCUAGGUGGAGCCGAGAUAAUGGGGUUGGCGAGUUAUAGUGAGAUUUUGGGUGAUUUUUUUUUUUUUCUGUCCCUCCUAUAGUUCUCAGUAAUGCUAAUCAUUUGCACCUUAUUGUAGGUAUUUGAAUGUCAUUAGAUAAGAGCUUGAAGGAACCUAUUAUUUAUCCUUCAAAUAUAUAGUUUGGGUUACUCUUUGUUAUUGGAGUGAGCUGCAUUGCCAUACUUGUCUUAAACAGGCAGGAUCACCAGGCCUAGACUGAAUGGGCGGGAUCACCGGGCCUAGACUGUAUGCGUGGGGUUUCCAGGCCAACCUGAAUGGAUGGGAUCACUAGGUAUAGACUGAGCGGAAUGCCCAGACCUAGACUGUGUGCGUGGUUACUAGGCCUAGCAUCGAAGGCCUAGCCUGAAUUGGCAGGAUCCCCAGGCCUAGCCUGAAUGAGCAUGGUUACCAGGCCUAGCAUGAAUGGUCAGGAUCACCAGAUCUAGACUGUAUGGGUGGGAUCACCAGGCCUAGACUGAAUGGGUGGGGUUACCAGGCUUUGCAUGAAUGGUCGGGAUAACCAGGCCUAGACUGAAUGAGCAUGGUUUCCAGGCCUAGCAUGAAUGGUCUCUAAAAGUCUAAAAACCCCAGAAUUGUAACUCUUGCCGAUACUGACGUCAUGUUUAUGGUGAUACCAUUAGAAAGAGGUUGCACAAAUGAGAUUGACAUGGGAGAUGAGCCAGGAGGAACCCUGUCCAGAAACGUCAAGACAAGGCCAAAGUUGCCCAUGAACAUCUAGGCAAAGACCAGGACUUUUGCAACAGUGAAAGAUGAAAAAUUCUCAGAAUUCGUGCCAGAGAAUGAUAGUUAUAUGCACCGCUUACUUAGUGGUUGUUUCUGCCAGGUAUUAGGCUAAAACUACACAUCAGAUUUUGUGGGUCAGAUUUUAUGUGAUCUUGCCAUCCGACACCAUGCAACGUGAUUUGUAGGAUGAUACAAUACCUGGUCCCACUAUAGCUACAAUGUCGGAUCAGAUAAAACUGGAUGGUGGAGCUGAUUCAUGCAUCUACAUCCGACACGGAAAAAAAGUCAGUCAGACACUGAGAUUUUAUGUCAUCAGAUGAAGUUGCAGCGUUUGCUUACUACUACUAGUAGUGUUGCGUCAAAUGGAGCAGACAGAUAGUGGAACAAAGAGCAUUUAUUGUGGCAAAUGCUUAGUUGGAUCAGAAUCCCUUUUAGUUUUAAGACUCCUGCAACUAAACCCAUUUUGUUGCCCCAUAUUCAUUAUUAGCCCUUUACUGUGCUGUGUUUUAUCAGCAAUUCCAAUCUGAACCUAUAGGGUGCAACUAACACCCAGCUUUGCUGGCAGAACACAAAGCCCAUCACCCAUCUCAACCCACCCACUCAUCCUCCUGUUAGAGAAUAUAAUGAUUAGUGCUGCUCCAUGUUAAAUCCUCCUAUUGCUGUAAUUCUUAUUUAUUGGACAAUAAAUUGCUUUGCGUUUGAA